AUGAGGCUCAUUGUAUAGCAAUAUUAUGGUUUUGGCUAGAAGAAAACGUUUAAGAUAGAAAUCAAUGAUGAUGAGACCUCAGAUUAACUGAUUACAGUAAUCUCAUCCAAAGUGGGACGUUAAGUAUAGGAUUUAGUAAUAAAGUGCAAAAGGGAUUAAUAUUCUAUAAAAAUAAUAGAGGGUUGGCCCAUAGAAUUUUAUGAAUUGCAAGAAAACCAGAAUAUUUUUGUUGAAGUCAGGGAAAAUGAGUUGGAUACAAAAUAAAAAGAAUAGAAGAGACAGACUGAAAAAUACCUGAAUAAAUUAUUCAUAAACUAAAGAGAAAAGCCUUAAAAAUUAUCAGCAGUAUCAGAAACAAGCGAAAAUUCAGAUGACGAGGCUAAUUCAUCUUCUAAGUAGAAAUCAUCAAAUACCAAUGUUGAUCCAAUAUAAUCUGAUUUAGAUGAUAAAAUAUUUCAAACAGUAAAAAGUGGAAAUUUAGAUAUGUUAAAAUAACUUUGUUAAAAAAUAAACACUUCGUAAUUAAAUCAAGCAGCAUUUGGUGGAUGGAAUCCAAUUCAUUUUGCAACUUUUUUAGAGUAUAAAUUAAUUGUAGAAUUUUUAAUUUCUAAAGAAAUUGACAUAAACAAAGUUACAGAUGAAGGAUGGACUCCAUUAUAGAUAGCAGUGCAUCGUCAUAAUGUUGAGAUUGUGAAGGUAAUACUGAAUCAUCCUUAAGUUGAUGUGAAUUUUAUAACAGACAAGGGAAUUGCAAUAAGUUUGGCAUGCAAAUCGAAUCAAAUAAAAAUCAUCGAACUGUUAAUUUAAAGAAAUGCUGAUUUGAGAUUAUAAGACAAAACAGAGAGAACAGCCUAUGAUUAUUGUAAUCAGGCUACCAAGAUAGCGAUUGAAUAAAUGAAGAAAAGUAAUCAAAUGAAAGAUCAAUUAAAAAAUGCGGAUGAUUUUAUUCCUCCUCGGCCACCAGUUGCCAAAGGGUUCAUCUAUAAAACAGGUUAAAUGUUGGUCACCUUAAAUGAGAGGUUUUUUGUAUUAAAUCCAGAUGAGGGAACUUUCAUAAGGUUUAAGAAUAUAUAAGAUUACCCUCUAAAACCAUUAGAAAUCAUUCCUCUUAGAAGUGUUAGGAGUGUGCAAAUGGCUCAGAAAGGUUUAAUUUCGAAAUCAGGAUAUCACUAUUUCGAAUUGCUAUAUUCCGCUAGAAUUUUAUUAGCUUGUAAACAUGAUCACAUAGCAAAGAAAUGGGUAGAAUAUAUCUAUAAGGCGACUGUAUAUCACCAAUAUAUAGAGGAAAAAAUAAAAGAUGGAACCCUCGAUCCAAAUUUAAUCGAUAAAAACGCUGAGGUUUUUAUUGAAGACUCAAAUACAAAGGCUCCUUCUUCUGAUCCUCCUCCAAAACAGUUAUCACCAGAACAAUCUAUCUCCUUACCUAGAGAUGAAGCAUCUAUAAUUUAAAAUCGUCUAUCAAAUCCAGAACCUGCUAUUAGAUACAGCCAAAGUCCUCCUAGGAAUUCAGAUAUUGAAUAAGCAAAGCCAAUUUCUCAAUCUUUACCAUAACCAUAAUCAUCAAUUAUGGAGAGUUAAAAUGAAUUACUUAAAGAUAGCAAAGUGAAUUUCGAUUCAUUUGAGGUCAUCAAAGAGUUGGGAUCAGGAGCAUUUGGAAAAGUGUUUUUAGUUAAACAUAAAGCAGAUGGUGAUGUAUUUGCUAUGAAAGCACUUAAGAAAAAGACAUUAAUCUUAAAAAAGUAAAUCAAGUAUGCUAUUACUGAAGCCAAUGUAUUAAAGAUGUGUCAACAUCCAUUUAUUCUAAAAUUACAUUUUGCAUUCUAAACUCCAAAUUACUUAUACUUGGUUUUAGAUUAUUGUCAAGGAGGUGAUCUAUCCUAUCACAUAGCUAAUUAAGGGAAAUUCUCAGAAGAAGCCACUAGAUUCUAUGCUGCAGAAAUCCUCUUGGCUAUUGAAUAUCUACACACUAAAGAUAUAAUCUACAGAGACAUGAAACCAGAAAAUAUAUUAUUGGACAUCCAAGGACAUGUCAAAUUAGCAGAUUUUGGAUUAUCAAAAGAAGGAGUUACUGAUCAAGAUAAAGCAAAGAGUUUUUGUGGGUCUCCUGCAUACUUAUCACCUGAUAUUCUAAGUCAAAAAGGUGCAGGUAAGCCUAGUGAUAUCUAUGGAAUUGGAUGUGUGAUGUAUGAAAUGAUGACUGGAGAAUCUCCAUAUUAUAAUGAUGAUAUACAACAGAUGUAUAAAAACAUACAAAGUGGUACCUUGAAAUGGCCAAAGAAAAUGUCAAUCGAAGCCAAAAACUUACUUACUAAAAUGUUAGAGAGAGAUCCAAAUAAGAGAAUAGGAACAAAGUCAAAGGAUGAAAUCAAACAGGAUCCCUUUUUCAAAGGAAUCGACUGGGAUAAAGUGUAUAAAAGACAAUAUAAACCUCCAAUCACAGACUUCUCUGAUAUGCAAGAUGAUGAUGAUUAAUAAGAUUUUGAACCAGAUGAAUUAGGUUAUUAUGGAAAAGCUAUCUUUUAGGAUUAGGAUUACGAAUAAGAAAAUAAUAAGACAAAUAGAGUCAAAAACUUUAGUUUUGCCACUAACUCAUCAUGA